CCGGAAACCCACACCUCAUGAUGCAAGUUCACAUCUGAACUGAUUACUAAAACAGACUUUACAGUUUACAGCAGUAUGCCUCAAGCUCAGCAGUGUUCCUCUAACAAUUUAACAUGUACCCACGAGUUAUUUUGAAAGGAAUUUUAUACAAGAAAUCUCAGCAGAAGCGAAGAACGUCCCCUUGCAAUUAUAAGGAGAGAUAUUUUGUGCUCAACACUGAGGAUCUAACCUACUCUGAACGUCGCCCUGGGAAAAAGCCCAUUCAGAAAGGCUGCAUUGAACUUUCCCGGAUUAAGUGUGUCGAGAUUGUACGCAGUGACCUUCCCAUACCCUGUGAAUACAAAUAUCCUUUCCAGGUUGUCUAUGAUAACUACUACCUUUAUGUGUUUGCACCAGACAACGACUGCAGACUAAAAUGGGUCAGAGCUCUUAAAGAGGAGACAAAAGGCAACAACCUCGCUUUCAACUACCAUCCUGAUUUCUGGGGAGAGGGAAGAUGGAGGUGCUGUAACAGGACAGAUAAGUUGGCAUCCGGAUGCAGUGACUAUUAUCCAAGUGGAUGCGCGUCCAAAAAACCUUUGCCUCCAACACCAGACCCAGAGCCACCAUUCUCUGACCCAGAAACGCGAAUUGUUGUGGCUCUGAAGAACUUUAUCCCUCAAGAAGACACAGACAUCCCACUGCACAAAGAUGAAGAAUACAUCGUAGUAGACUGUUCUGAGCCCAACUGGUGGACCGUCAGAGAUAAAGAUGGAAAUGUUGGAACUGUGCCUUGCAUUUAUGUUAAAGAGAAACCUUCAAACAACAUUGAGUACUUUAAAUGGUAUAACAAAGAUAUAACCCGGACCGAAGCUGAAGAAUUAUUAAUUGCAGUGGAUAAGGAGGGGGCUUUCAUGGUGCGUGACUCCCGGCGUGCAGGAGUUUAUACAGUGUCUGUAUUUACCAAAGCCCCUGGGUCAAAUGGGGAAAAAUAUCCAAGGGUCAAGCAUUAUAAGAUCAGAGAGACAGAAGAUGAAGAGCCCAAAUUUUACUUGGCUGAAAAAUAUUUAUUCAGCACCAUCCCAGAGCUCAUUUAUUAUCACCAACACAAUGCAGCAGGUUUAAUAACACGACUGAGGCACUGUGUCUCCCGAGAUCAAGGGAAUUCUUCCAGGAUUGAGGACCUUGCAUCAGAGGAGUGGGAGUUGAACAUGGAGGACCUGACUCUCGGGGAAGAGCUGGGAAGUGGUCAGUUUGGUCUGGUGUUGGAGGGCUCGUGGUGCGGUGAGAAGGUGGCUGUAAAGACGAUCCGCGAAGGGGCCAUGUCCGAAGAGGAGUUUAAAGAGGAGGCAAAGGUUAUGAUGAAAGUGUCCCAUCCAAAGCUGGUAAGGUUGUAUGGUAUGUGCACCCAGCAGUCCCCCAUGUACCUGGUGUUUGAGUUUCUGGAGAACGGCUGCUUGACAGAGUUCCUGCGCUCCAGAAAAGGUUGUGUUUCACAGGAAAUUCUGCUGGGCAUGUGUACAGAUGUGAGUGAAGCAAUGGCUUACCUGGAGAGCUCAAAUUUUAUUCACAGAGACCUGGCUGCAAGAAACUGUUUGGUUUCAGGAGACCUUGUGGUGAAAGUCUCAGAUUUUGGAAUGACCAGGUUCGUACUGGAUGACCAAUACACCAGCUACACCAGCAAAUUUCCUGUAAAGUGGUCUUCUCCAGAAGUGAUCAGAUAUAACAAAUUCAGCAGCAAGUCAGAUGUGUGGUCAUUUGGUGUGUUAAUGUGGGAGGUGUUCAGCGAAGGCCGACUGCCCUACGAGUGCCGAAGUAAUGCAGAAGUGGUGGAAUCCCUAAACGCAGGACUAAGGUUACUGAAACCCCGACUCUGUCCAGAACCUGUUUACCAGAUAAUGCACUGGUGCUGGAAGGAGAAACCUGAAGACCGGCCAUCCUUUGUCCUGCUCUUGCAUGAACUGGCUUCUCUCAUAGACAUCUGACCUCUGAUAUCAACAUUGCUUAUGAAAAUAGAAUGUAUAGGCCAUAACAUUUUAUUUAUUUGUAUAUUCUAUUUAUUCUUUUCCUUUUGCACUAAAAAUCUGUCUAUUUUUCUGGACUGCAUAUCUGUGAUGGAAUAAUGUCUUUUUGGACAGCCAAAUUUCCUGAUCUCCUUUUUCUCCUUUAGGGGGCGCAAUUCAGUAGCCAUCGAGGCAAUUUCUGAGACUAAAAGAGCAUUUGCACUCUCAGUAAUAUUCAUUAACUGCUUGUUUAUAUCUGUCUAUAGCAAACAGAAAGCAUUUACAGCAGGAUAUUUUGCAAGUUAACAUCAAACAGUGUUUAUUACUAUGUCCAUACUUGUGUAAUAGAUGUGUAAUAUAUGGAUUCAAUUUCAAGAAAAGAACACAUGUUCUGAAGUAAUACAUUUGCGUAAAUAUUUUAAGCCUUGUACAGACUUAGUGAUUGUGUGAUCAUAUCAAAGGUGUACAUUCACAUCACGGAUGGUGUUCACACUAUACAGUAAUUUCAUCUGUUUGAAUGAGCCUGCAUUUCCUCAGCAGGUGGGUUGCCAAAUCGUCCAAAAACAACCCAGUUUCACUUCAAUGCGACACCUAUGAAUAUAAACCAAUUCCCAAUCAAGGCAUCGGAUUAUAUUUUCUGAUAUGGUCAGCCUCAGAUUGUUCAAUAAAAGAUCAUCUUUGUUA